GAUGCGAUUGACGUUGCAUCCGAUGUCACGGCGGUGCGGUGCGCCCGUGCUCAGUCCAACGCGUGAAUGACGUAAUAUUCACCCCCUCCAGGCUUCACGUCUACCUCGAGGCAAGAUCCUCGAAGAACAUCAGGCUGUUCCUUUCUUGUGCAACACCCACCCGGAAUGCGCUGGACCAAAUGACCUCCGCGGCGGAACACGUUGCUGCCUCGCCAGUGGCGGGCUCCCCAGCGUCUCAAGCAUUCUACCACGCACUUCGAAAUGGCUGCAAUCGCAUCGGCGAACAGAAAUCCCAUCUCUCACUCGCCCGCGAUACCCUCCAACACUUGCAGCUGCAUCCACUCCACCAUGCCUCCACCAACCAGAAGACGCAAUAUACGCGUGCGGUGAACGAGACGGUCCAAGCUUGGCAAUGUGCCGUGGAGUGCUAUCUCGACGUGUUCACGUCUCUGGCGCACGCUACCGCCGCAGACUCGACGAAUGAACGACAAGAAGCACCGGCACAUUCGCAAUUCAUGCACAUGGCAAAGUCCGCCUCGGAAGCUCUGGAGGUGGUCAAGAAGUUUGCAAGCAGCAACGAAUUCAAGGGAAAUGCCGAGAGCGCAUCGUUGGCAGACGAGGUCGAGGAUGAAGUUGGGGACGAGGCCGCACAAGAGGCUGAUGGGAGUGGUGCAGAUGACGAGAAUGCUGCGAAACCAGAGCAGAACACGGAAUCCCGUCUACAGAUGUCUCGUGAUGCCAGGAGGAGGAAGCGCAGGCGUGAGAAGUAUCGAGAGCUACAUCGUGAGAGCCUGGCCCAGAGCGCGGGCGAGGGUGCAAGGCCAGGGGAUGCCACGAAAGGCACCGUGGAGAAGGAACCGACACAAUCCUAUACGACAGCAGCGGACUUCGUACCAACGACAACGGUGGAGUACGAAGACAUCUCCGACGAAGUAGAGGCAAGGCUGAAGCUGAAGGAGGAGAAGAAGGCACGGAAGAGGACCGAGAGAAAGCGCAAGAGAGAGAGCGGGGAUUCUGUGGAGUACGCGAUGGCUGCGUCCGUGGAUGAGAAGCCGGAAAAGAAGAAGAUCAAGGCAGUGAAUGGCGACAUGGAUCCGGUUGACGUUCGCGAGUAUCCGUCUCGGAAGAGGCUUGAGCGUGAUACAGAUGAUAUGGUCGACGACUCUGGACGGAAAAAGCGGCAGAAGAGUCGGGAUUGAUUACGAUAGGUGUCGAGUAGAAAUGGAA